GUUGUGCUGCUGCAUCCACGCAUACUGUGUUGGUCACCUCUCAUCUAAUUCUGGCUUUGUUUUUUUCUAUUUGAGCCUCGUGGAGACUCUUUAGCGUAAACGGAAUCUCCAUCUUAUACCGGGUUCUAACGGUCCAGGCUUCGGUCGUUUAAUAUAAUAAGUGGACUUUUUGAGAAAAAGUUUAUCAAGAUGUUGAACCAGAGUGCCGUGGAAAACGACAAAGCGGCUAGCUACACCUCUGACUAUCUCGACAUGGUAGAAAAUUUACCCCAUGACGUGCAGUUGUUAAUAACCGAGCUUCGAGAAUUGGACGUCCGCAGUCAAAGUAAUGUACGUGAAAUGGAAAAUUAUCGCGAGGCAUUGAGCAAAACUGAACCCGAUUCUGCAGCAAGAGCUAGACUUACAGCGAUAUUGCAAAAUUGCCUGAUAUCUAUGCAAGAAGUUGGAGAUUUGAAAUUGCAUACCGUAGGGAAGAUCAAUGACUUGCUUGAAAGCAAAAACAAAAUAUUGGACUCUGGUUACAAAAAUUUAGAUUUUGAAAAAAGCAAAGAAAAUAAUGAUGUUAACAAAGAAAGUAAUUUCAAUUCAACUAGCAACUCUACUAGUAAUAAUGUCAAUAAUCCAGAAAAGCCUGCUAAACGAGUCAGACGCACAAGAACAGAACACUUGAUUGAACAUGCUGCUCUUUUGGAGACAUUUGCUAUGGCUGAAAGUCAAUCUUCAAAAAAUCUUCCCAGCACUUCAAAUGGCAAUCCCAAGAGAAGUGCCGUUGCUGCUAAUGUUGGAAAGAAGAAGAAAAGGAAAGCUAGGCAAGGACAGUCUCAACAGCAUGAGGAAGACACUGUGCAACCAGAUGAUCCUAAUGUUGAUCCAGACGAGCCUGUAUAUUGCCUAUGUGAACAAAUUUCUUAUGGAGAAAUGAUUUUAUGUGACAAUGAUUUAUGUCCCAUUGAGUGGUUUCAUUUUUCAUGUGUUUUUUUAACUACAAAACCUAAAGGUAAAUGGUUUUGCCCAAUGUGCCGGUCAGACAAAUCCAAUACAAUGAAACCUAAACAUCAGUUCAUGAAAGACCUUGCUCAGUACAAAAAAGAAAAAGAAGGAAAUUCAUAGUACUGAACAGUAAUGAAUUCUGAUUAAUUGAGGAUUAGUUUUAAAAAAAUCAUAAUCAUAGCAUUAGAUAGUAGAGAAAUAGUUAUAAAAAAUGUGUUCUGUAUUGUGAUCAAAUGUAAAUAAUUGUACAUACAUAUUCUAUAAUCUUGUAUAACAUUAAUUUAAAGUAGAAUAUCUUUUGAUUAUCUUUUGAAUAAUGCUUUGUGAUUUUAAUGAAAAGAGUAAUAAGAAUAGUUUGGAAGGAGCACAUUAAUAUAAUAUUAUAUUUUCUAAAUUGAGUAUAAAAUGAAUGAAAACAAAAGUUAUUAAAUGGAAAUGAAAUAUCACUUUAAUAGCAUAGACAGUAUUAAAAUUAAUAAAAAUGAAUUACAUGAGUUCAAA